GUUUUUGACACACUAAACGCCAGGAGGAUACAGCGGAGAUUCUGGGAAUCCGGUCCGGUUCCUCUACUUUCGAAAUCCCAACCGGACGGACACGUGCGGCCUUUAAUACCAAUACACAUUCGGUCUGAUUUCACAUCAAUCGCGUAUUCUGUGAAUUUAACUGGAUUUGAAGACAUCGGGAUUAUGAAAAAUUCUGAGGUGUGAACGCUGAUCUCCAGGUUUUCGUUUUGCUGUGUUGUCAAUAAGAGGUUUGAUCAGGAUGGAGGUCUGGCUGACUUUUGCUCUGUUUUUGAGCCGUGGGGUCAUACAAAUUCUCGGACAAAACGGUCUGGAUGAACUUUCCGUGCCCCAAGGUUUAACACUACAGUCGGAAUUAUCAUCACAGACUUUGUCUUUAACAUGGGAAAGUGACUCACCAUUUUUCGACAUCGAGGUCUUCCACACCGAGUUAAUGAAUGUGGUGCUAAACGAGACAUUUGCAUCGAAAGCAGAUCCUGCAACAGGACAACAUGUUUGGAUGUGGCGCUCGGCAUUACCGCUGGAGUGCACCUCUCAUUCUGUGCACAUCAGAGCAAGAAAUCAACAAGCAGUUAGCCAGUGGAGCUCCCUGCAGACCAUCCCAGGCUCUGAUCUUCCAGAGAAGUCUGACUCUCAGAUGUAUCCAGAGGACAAGGUGGUUUCUGUGGGUAGUAACAUGACUUUCUGCUGUAUCAUCGGAGAGGGGAAGAGUUUCGGCAAAAUACAGUACAAAAAGCAGCAGAUUGGUGCCACACGACUGAGCAGACGGUCGUACGCCAUCACGAUAGCUAACCUGUCUGCAUCUAGAGCAACAGGAAGCAAUGUGGUCUGUAAUUCAGAAACGGUGACCGUCACAGGAACUGUGGUGUUCGUCGGCUAUCCGCCGGGCGACGAAGCGUUGGUUUGUGAAACUCGAGAUUUGACUUCUGCCGAAUGUUCUUGGAAGAAAGGACGAGAAACUCACUUGAGGACAAAGAGCAGCCGCACAAAUUACACCCUUAAUGGAAGGGACUGUUUGGAGGCUUCCAAAGGGAAGAUUUUCCAGUGUAAUUGGACAUCUUGGGAGGACAGCUGGACUCUAGUGGCCCAAAAUCCUUUAGGAAGUGUUCAGCUGAACGACUCCGCCCCACUCGCUGACCGCGUAUAUCUGUUGGCUCCGGUAAACAUGGCGGCUGUGGAUGUGAAGGCCUGGAACGUCACGCUAAAGUGGAGCUGGACUGUGGCAGCGUAUGAAAAACUGGAGAUGAUCUGCCAGCUGAAAUUCGACGGCCAUGGACUUUCAAGCUUGCGCAACUACAGCGGUACAGGUUUAUCAUCUGUGGUGUUGGACGGCUUAUGGCCUGACUUGGACUAUACUGUGUCUGUGCGCUGUGGCUCGCUGCACAAUUUUUGGAAAUGGGGAGAUAUAAGCACCCCCGUCAGUAUCCGCACAAAAAUGGAUCGCCCUGAUCCUCCAGACGUCUGGGUCUACAGGGAGAGUGAAACCACAGGACGUGUUUUGUGGAAACAUCUGUCUAAAAGUGAAAGUCACGGCACUUUGGACGGUUACGAAGUUUAUCACAACGCGUCAGAGGAAGACAGCUGGACCACAGUUUCUCCUUCUCACAAUACCUUCAGCUAUCCCAUAACACUCACCAACAGUAGUGACAUCACUGUUGCCGUGGCAGCACGAAACCCAGCUGGCCUCUCGCAGCCUUCCACCGUGACCGUACCAGCAUACAGAGCAGAUUCCCAGCUGAAGGUUUCUGAGGUGAGCGGCACAAACGGAGGAUUUGAUUUGUCCUGGCAGCCUGAUGUUAAUGUCAGCAGACGGUAUGUAGUGGAGUGGAUCCCCACCGGCUGUACCGGGCUCUGCUCCGUAGACUGGCUCAAAGUUCCUGAAUCCAACACCAGCGUCAGGGUGCAAACAGACUCUCUGGAGGCGGGCGUGCAGUACACUUUAUCUCUGUAUGCUCUCUCCGCUGGGACUACUACGGUUCUGCAGAGAUGGAACGGGUACAUCCAAGAAUUGAUUCCUGCGCAGUCGGUUGAUCUGUCAGCCAAUCAGAGCGGCUCUGAUGUUCAGUUGUCUUGGAACUCCAUUGCAAUGAAACAGCAGAGAGGAUACAUCCGCGGAUACAACAUCUACAUGGCAAACGCAGCGCACCUGGAACUUAUUGCUAAUGUAUCAGAUCCUGAGGUGCGGUCAUACAGGGUCACUGGCUUGUCUAUGGGCUCAUAUAAGUUCAUUGUGAAGGCGUACAACUCGGCAGGAGAAGAUGCAGGAUCACCUGUGUCCAUUAAACUGGAGAUGAACGCGGAUCUGCUAGUUAUUGAAAUACUGGUGUCUUUGGGAGCCAUGUUCUGCCUUCUGAUCCUCAUCAGCAUCUUCUGCUAUAGGAAGAGAGAGUGGGUUAAGAAAGCAUUCUAUCCUGAAAUUCCUGGACCUAAAGUACCUGGAGAUUGGUCUUCCCCACAGGGUCCUUUGGAUGUGAAACCUCCCCCUCACAGUCUGGUCCAUAUUGUUGAAAGUCCAGAAGUGGAAUUCAUUAAAGGAGGUCUGGUGCCGGUACCAGAAGAAGAGGAGGACUAUGAGAAUGAAGACGUCGAAGUAGACACAGACUCAGACGAACCGGCACUUCUGAGAUACUACAACCAGGUGAUCGGCGACGGUUCUCACACUUCAGAUACGUCCGGUUCCUCGACUUUCUCCGUAGGUUCAACCCAGACGGAAAUCACCUACACGGGCAUCCAGAGCCCGACGUCUUCAUAUGGGGCGUACGGAGGUGGAGGUUACAAGCCUCAAAUGCAGCCCGCCAUGGAUCCCCAAAUCGGAUUCGAGUCGGACUUCCAAGAGAACUCGAACGUCGGCUAUAAGCCUCAGUGUUCCUGGCAGCUUGACUCACCGGAUGCAGAAAAUUUAAGCGGUUCGCUCGGAAGCCCGACAUCAGUCACAUCAUCGCAGUUCCUUAUUCCUGAGUCUUCCGAGGAGAAACCACAGUCUUCCAACACCUGGUUUCACAGUUUUCUCUCUGGAAGAUCCUGAGAUCUGUGAUUUCACUUUGAUUCGUGAUGUUUUGCCUUAUGAAGACAUUUAAUCCUGUAAUGGAAAUUUCUCACAGACUGGAUCUCAAAGACUAAUCAAAGAGGUGAAGUACUACUGAAGAGCAGAAGGUAUCUUCUCAUGCUCAUUUGGGACAGUAUGAUAUUUCCCUCUAGGGGCGCUGCCGUUUCCAAUCAUACUACAGUGUUGUCACUGUCUUUUUGCAGUGUUAUACAAAAAACCCCACAUCUGUCUUGUACCAAAAAGUCUCUACAGUAUUCACAUUUCUAUUCUUAAAUUUGACAGAUUCGUAGCAUUGAAAUGUAGAAGAUGAGAACGUAGCACGUUUACUUUUUCUGGAGCAUUAAGGGUUGACUUUUGAAAGUUCUUGCGUAGCUUCAAGCUAAAACCCCUUUUUUUAAUCGUAAGCGUGUGUUGAUCUGGUCAAAGUUAAUCUGCUUUUCCAUGAUAAAAACACCAUUUAAGGUGUUUGCAUGACACGUUUGGUGUAAGGUUGUGUGUUUGUAAAUGCACUCAGUGUUACUUGCUAUGUAGCUAUGUAUCUUUUUGAUCGGGAUUCGUAGCUCGUGGUAAGGGCUGGGAUGAAUAAUCGUGCGAUUCUGCUUGCUUUGCUUUUCAAAGAAUUGCAGUGAAAUGCCGCUACAUCCAAAAGCCAGAGGGCGCUCUCGUGCAGAAACUCAAUAUGCGCCGCAGAUGAAGUACCAUUUACAGGCGCAGCUCCAGGAAAUGCAUAUUUAUAUCGCUGUUCUUCAAACCUUUUCAGGUAUUUUCAUGAUAAAAACAAAAUAGAUAUAAAGAUUGUUUUUUCAAAUGCAUGUUAUAAACGAUUGAUGAGGACUUCCUCCUGAUCAAAGAGCCGUAGUACAUGAAAUAGCUGUGCAUAUCGCCUUGUGAUUCAGAAUCGACAGGCAUUUUUUGUGCGAUUCAUCGUCCCAGCCCUUAUCGUAGUUAUCAACUUUUAGAAACAACUGCAAGUUUAUUCUGCGUUUCUUUGUCGCUUCCCUUAUAUUAUUAAAUAAUCACUUUGAUUGCACGACUGUUCCACUCAGCGAUAAACCCCAUCUUUUUGAGACGCUCCCUAUUUUUAUGCAUUUUGGACCGUGGGUUCAAAAUAAGUUUCAAAACGCUGCUGCUUGUAUGCCAUUACCCAUAAUAUACAGCCUGGUUUGUUGUCCGCAUUGCUUUCUAACCACAAGCGAACUCCAGAAUUUAUUUGCAAUCGGGCAGUGACCACCGUAAACAUUGAGCCGAUUGUUUUGGUGCUGAUCCCAGAGCAAUUGCCUUGUUCCCGAACCAAGAAAGAAAACGCAUCAGGUUCCAAAACAAACACUCCUAAAAAAUCUGAUUAUAACAUAUGAAUCGAGGUUUUAGGAUGUUGGACAGUUUUUUAUUCUUUUGUUAUUAGUUUUUAAUGUUGUUUAAGGUCAGUAGCAUUUAAUGCGAGUGGGAUUAUACAUUUUGUUUGUGUAUCACUGUUUGUUUGAGUUUUAUAUGUACAUCUUUUCAUUUCACACGCAAAUCUAUUUCGCAUUAAUCUGGGAUUUACCUCAAUUUUUAUAAAUGCAUAGCAUCCCCCUGGUUGUACAACAGUGACGGCAUAGCGCAUCUAUUCCGUUAUAGUAUUUUGUUAUCUAUAUUUCAAAUGAUGUAUGUGUUAGUCUAGACUAGAGUUUGUUAAUGUCCACCCCUGCUUCUUAUGGAUUGGUCAAACUGUUAAAAUGACCACAGUGUGCCUCAGGAGUUGUCCCUGUUUUGGAUUUUGGAGCCACAGGGUAAAUCUGACCUUACUGACAUCAAAUUUAAGAGAAACCUGCUUUUCCCAGGAGUUCACCAGGUUUAACAUUGACAUAUAAGAGCUUUGUGUGUGAUGUCUGUGUACCUCCAUCACUAAACCUUAGGUAAAGCAGAUACACUGCAUCAGGACAACACCGAGUUCACCGUAAUAUCAAUAUCAUGUUCUCGCUUUUAAUCCCAAAGAAACUAUGCUCUGCCUUACCUUUCUUGUAUUAACUUCCUCUGCUUUUAAAACGACUAUAGUGAAUA